UGCGCGCCAGAGGCCGAGUGAGAGCCCGGCGGCCGCGCCCGAAGCGGGAGGGCAUGGGGCGCGGCGGCCCGCCUGGGCCCCGCUGGCUCCGCAGCCCCAAGGGCGCUCCACUAGGCCCCCGCAGCGCCCCCUUCUUCUCACCCGGGUCACGGGUCCCUGAGUGAGCGGGAGCCUGCUCAGCCGCCGCCUCAGCCAUGGCCAACGGAGUGAUCCCGCCGCCCGGGGGCGCCUCCCCACUGCCCCAGGUCCGGGUGCCCUUGGAGGAACCCCCUUUGGGUCCAGACUCAGAGGAGGAUGAUGAUGACUUGGGCAAGACCUUGGCUGUGAGCAGGUUUGGGGACCUCAUCAGCAAGCCCCCGGCCUGGGACCCUGAGAAGCCCAGCCGCAGCUACAGCGAGCGGGACUUUGAGUUUCACCGGCACACAUCCCAUCAUACCCACCACCCGCUCUCGGCGCGCCUGCCUCCACCCCACAAGCUUUGGCGACCGCCCCCCACCUCUACCCGGCACACCAGGAGGAAGAGAAAGGAGAAAACCUCUGCCCCCCCCUCUGAGGGGACCCCUCCCAUCCAGGAGGAGGGGGGAGCUGGGGCAGAGGAGGAGGAGGAAGAAGAGGAGGAGGAAGAAGAGGAGGAAGGGGAGUCAGAAGCAGAACGUUCGGAGCCCCCACCCUUGGCAUCGCCACAGAAAGCCAAGUUCUCCAUUGGAAGUGAUGAAGAUGAGAGCCCUGUACUUCUAGGGAGAGCUGCCUCGGUCAGGCCCCUGCCCUCCUUGGGCCCAUGUGCUGACAGGAGCCCCCAGCACUUGGGCAGCAACUCCAGCCCCAAGGCCCGGGCCUCGAGAGUCACUGGGGAGAAGAACCGGUCCUGGAGCCCAUUGGCUAGCUAUGACCUGCGGGAGCGGCUGUGCCCAGGCAGUGCCCUGGGCAGCCUGGGUGGCCCGGAGCAGCAGGUGCCCACUGAUGAGGCCGAGGCCCAGAUGUUGGGCUCUGCAGACCUGGAUGACAUGAAGAGUCACCGUCUGGAGGAUAACCCUGGGGUACGGCGGCACCUGGUAAAGAAGCCGUCCCGGACACAGGGUGGGAGGAGCAGCCCCGGUGGCCUGGCCCCCAUCCUGCGAAGGAAGAAGAAGAAGAAGAAGCUGGACCGGAGACCACAUGAGGUGUUUGUGGAGCUCAAUGAGCUGAUGAUGGACCGAGGCCAGGAGCCCCACUGGAGGGAAACAGCCCGCUGGAUCAAGUUUGAGGAGGACGUGGAGGAGGAGACGGAGCGCUGGGGCAAGCCCCAUGUCGCCUCGCUCUCCUUCCGCAGCCUCCUGGAGCUCAGGAGGACCAUUGCCCACGGAGCUGCCCUCCUGGACCUGGAGCAGACCACUCUGCCUGGCAUUGCACAUCUGGUGGUGGAGACCAUGAUCGUAUCUGACCAGAUCCGGCCAGAGGAUAGGGCCAGCAUCCUUCGCACCUUGCUACUUAAACACAGCCAUCCCAACGAUGACAAGGACAGUGGCUUUUUUCCUCGAAACCCAUCAAGCUCCAGCAUGAACUCUGUCCUGGGGAACCAUCAUCCGACCCCCAGCCAUGGCCCCGAUGGUGCACCUCCCACUAUGGCCGAUGACCUUGGGGAGCCCACCCCACUCUGGCCUCACGACCCUGACGCUAAGGAGAAGCCCCUCCACAUGCCUGGGGGAGAUGCUCACCGGGGUAAGAGCCUGAAGCUGUUAGAGAAGAUUCCUGAAGAUGCCGAGGCCACUGUGGUGCUCGUGGGCUGUGUGCCUUUCUUGGAGCAGCCAGCGGCAGCCUUUGUGCGGCUGAGUGAGGCUGUGCUCCUGGAGUCUGUGCUCGAGGUCCCUGUGCCGGUCCGCUUCCUCUUCGUCAUGUUGGGGCCCAGCCACACGAGCACUGAUUAUCAUGAGCUGGGGCGCUCCAUUGCCACCCUCAUGUCUGACAAGCUGUUCCACGAGGCAGCCUACCAGGCAGACGAUCGGCAGGACCUGCUGAGCGCCAUCAGUGAGUUCUUGGACGGCAGCAUUGUGAUUCCACCAUCGGAGGUAGAGGGCCGAGACCUGCUGCGCUCUGUGGCUGCCUUCCAGCGAGAGUUGCUGAGGAAGCGGCGGGAAAGGGAGCAGACCAAGGCAAAAACAACCAUGACAGGCAGCUGUGCGGCACCUGGGAAAGAGCUGUCUUUGGAGUUGGGGGGCUCCGAAGUGACCCCUGAAGAUGACCCCCUGCUACGGACUGGCUCAGUGUUUGGGGGGCUUGUGCGGGAUGUGAAGCGUCGGUACCCCCACUACCCCAGCGACCUGCGGGAUGCUCUACACUACCAGUGUGUGGCUGCCGUACUCUUCAUCUACUUCGCAGCCCUCAGCCCCGCCAUCACCUUUGGGGGGCUGUUAGGAGAGAAGACUGAGGGGUUGAUGGGCGUGUCAGAGCUGAUCGUGUCCACGGCUGUGCUGGGUGUGAUCUUCUCACUGUUGGGGGCUCAGCCGCUGCUCGUGGUUGGCUUCUCCGGGCCCUUGCUUGUCUUCGAAGAAGCAUUCUUCAAGUUCUGCCAAGCCCAGAACCUGGAGUACCUCACUGGCCGCGUGUGGGUUGGCCUCUGGCUGGUGGUCUUCGUCCUUGCCCUAGUGGCCGCCGAAGGCAGCUUCCUGGUCCGCUACAUCUCGCCUUUCACCCAGGAGAUCUUUGCCUUCCUUAUCUCGUUCAUUUUCAUCUAUGAGACCUUCUACAAGCUCUACAAGGUGUUUACCGAGCACCCACUGCUGCCAUUUUACCCCUCUGAGGGGGCCCUGGAGGCUGGCCUGGACCUGAAUACGAGUGCCCUGCCCCCCACAGAGGGGCCACUGGGCCCGAGGAACCAGCCCAACACGGCUCUGCUGUCGCUUAUCCUCAUGCUGGGGACCUUCCUCAUCGCCUUCUUCCUACGCAAGUUCAGGAACAGCCGUUUCCUAGGUGGAAAGGCGCGCCGCAUCAUCGGGGACUUUGGCAUUCCCAUUUCCAUUCUGGUAAUGGUCCUGGUUGAUUACUCCAUCACAGACACCUACACCCAGAAGCUGACGGUGCCCACUGGGCUCUCGGUGACUUCUCCCCACAAGCGUACAUGGUUCAUCCCACCCCUGGGCAGUGCCCGCCCAUUCCCACCCUGGAUGAUGGUGGCAGCUGCAGUUCCUGCCCUUCUGGUCCUCAUCCUGAUCUUCAUGGAGACACAGAUCACUGCGCUCAUCGUCAGCCAGAAGGCUCGGAGGCUGCUCAAAGGCUCGGGCUUUCACCUGGACCUGCUUCUGAUAGGCUCCCUGGGCGGGCUCUGUGGGCUGUUUGGGCUGCCCUGGCUCACAGCUGCCACCGUCCGCUCGGUCACCCAUGUCAACGCGCUGACUGUGAUGCGUACUGCCAUCGCCCCAGGCGACAAGCCCCAGAUCCAGGAGGUGCGGGAGCAGCGGGUCACCGGUGUGCUCAUCGCCUGCCUCGUGGGCCUGUCCAUCGUCAUGGGGGCUGUAUUGCGCCGGAUCCCAUUGGCUGUGCUCUUUGGGAUUUUCCUGUACAUGGGGGUUACGUCACUGUCGGGAAUCCAGCUAUCCCAGCGCCUGCUUCUCAUCCUUAUGCCGGCAAAACACCAUCCUGAACAACCCUAUGUGACCAAGGUGAAGACGUGGCGGAUGCACCUGUUCACCUGCAUCCAGCUGAGCUGCAUUGCUCUACUCUGGGUGGUCAAGUCCACAGCAGCCUCCCUUGCCUUUCCCUUCCUGCUGCUGCUCACGGUGCCUCUGAGGCGGUGCCUUCUGCCCCGGCUGUUCCAGGACAGGGAGCUGCAGGCGCUGGACUCUGAGGAUGCCGAGCCAAACUUCGAUGAAGAUGGCCAGGAUGAGUACAACGAGUUGCACAUGCCCGUGUGAGCCUCCAAGAC